UAAAAUGUUGCAAUUUUCCUGUAGAGAUAGAUAUGAAGUUCUAAGCAAAUAAUUUGGUCACUCCCUUCUAUUGACAUCAAUAUACAAGCACAUUGCAAGUAUUUCCUCUAAUUAUUCACAUAAUGUUCUAUAUUGGUUAUACCAUACAAUACCUGAUCAGAUUUACUUUUAGGUCGUUAUCCUCCUGGGCCUGGUUGCCAUCGCUGCGGCUGACAGCAGGGAAUCCUAUGAGUAUCUGCCUCCAAGGGUUUCCUCUGAAGAAUCUGCUGAGUCCUACGAGUCCUCCGAAGCCAAAUACAACUUCAACUGGGCCGUCAGCGAUGACUCCUCAAGCAACGAGUUCGGACACCAGGAGGCUCGUGACGACGACAACACUCAGGGAUCCUACUACGUGCAGCUCCCCGACGGCCGCCUGCAGACUGUCAAGUACGUCGUGGACGGCGACUCUGGCUACGUGGCCGAAGUCAGCUACGAGGGCGAGGCCAGUUAUCCCGACUCCCAUGAGUCAUUUGAGUCUGAGUCCGCUGAGUCAGCUGAGUCUCGCGAAUACAGACCUCCCAGGCCUCAGUACGUCUACGACUCCAACGAGUCCAAGUAAACUACUGACUCUACAAUGCUCUCUAUUUAUAUUUUAUAUUUAUCAGUCUAAAUUAAUAAAUUUGCAAAAUUCCACAUUGUUUUAA